AUCGUUUUCAACAUGGCGGCGACCAUGUGAAGUCGCAACGGGCACGGUGCACGGUCGUGAGCCGCAAGUUGGCGCAAAAUAUAUAUCGCCGUGCGUUUUAUUGAUACUAGCGCGUUUGUCUUUUACGAACUGCAAGGAUGAGACUCACAGAUGUGCUUCUCGGCGUUUUCAAAAGGAGGGGAUUUGGUGGUCCUCGGUUCCAUUUCGUGAAACAUAUUCCAGGGAAGAUAGAUAUAGGGAAACACAGAGUUGUCCCUCCUGUCACGCCAAAAAUCAAAAUUGACCUCUGGAAGAAAUUGGCAAUUGAAGAGGAGGCAAUGAUGUAUCUGAGCAGGCCCUUCCUGACCACUGCGGAAGAAAAGCACAUGCCAAAAGAAUUCAUCAGACGCAGGCUUCGGAGGUAUGACCUUGCCCCAGUAAAGCAACGGAAACCCCUCAAGAGCCUGUUUGCUGCAGAUCUAUUGUCACACCUAAAUGUUGGCAGGCAGUGGGAAGAGUAGUUGUGUAUAAUAGCAAUGAUGUGUUUCCAUUUCAAUAAAGGUUUGCUGAAGCGGUGCUUUUAA